AUGCCAGAAGGACUAAAACUACAAAUAGCUAUCUUGACCACUUAUGGCGACCCCAACAACCUAGCGUACGCCCUCACUCAACAAUCGGGAUACUACGCUCACAUUCAAGGGGAAGCCCGACUGAUCCACAGCAUCCCUGUACCGGUGCAGCGACCCACAGGAACUCUCAGCCACAACACUACCCCCGUCGCUAAAACCAUGACGCCUCCUAAUAGAAGAAAAGAUAGGACAGAAUUAACGAAAAAACGUACCAUUAUAAAAACGAAGGUUACAACGUUCCAGACAUUUUUGGGAAAGCUUGACAUAGAUACGUCCAAAGCUCAGGAAUUAUCAUUAAGGUUAGAACGUGCGGAGAAAUUGUUAUCCGAGUAUGAUAAAGUUCAGUCACAAAUUGAAGAGUUGACCGAUGUAGAUACAGAGGAACGUACGAAAUUCGAUGAUGCAUUUUACGCUACGAUACUUUUAGGAAGAAACACUGCGACUAGGUUAAGUCCGAGCACGUCAACCGAAGUAGCAGCGUCGGCGACUAUCGAUACUACAACACAUAUAAAUUCAUUGUUAAAAUUACCUGAUUUAAAAUUGCCGACUUUUAAUGGUGAGUACGAUCAAUGGAUCACGUUUCGCGAUACAUUUGAAGCUAUUAUUGAUUCUAAUACAAGUUUGUCAAAAGUUCAAAAGUUUUAUUAUCUGCAGUCAGCAGUUAAAGGUAGUGCUGCGCAAUGUUUUCAAUCGUUAAGCUUGUCGAACGAAAAUUAUGAUGCUGCGUGGACAUUGUUAAAGUCGCGAUUUGAAAAUAAAAGAUUAAUAGUACAUCACCAUAUCCAAGCGCUCCUUGAAUUGCCAGUUCUCACAAAGGAAUCUUGCACCAACUUGAGAAAGUUAAUUGACGACAUACAACAAAAUAUGAUUGCAUUAACAAAGCUCGAACAACCGGUUCAAUCCUGGGACACAUUGUUAAUUCAUUUGCUCACGCCUAAACUCGAUGUUAAGACAAAACGAGAAUGGGAAUUUAAAAGAGAAUUUUCGAAAUUGCCAACUAUGAAGGAAUUCAUCGACUUUCUAAAUAAACGUUGUUCAAUUCUCGAAACAUUGUUGCCUAACCAAUUAAAGGAUACUUCCUCAGCUAAUACAAAAUCGCAUAAAAAAUCUGUAAGUUUAACUGCGCAAUCUCCCGUGGAGAAGCAAUGUCCAUUAUGUAAGAACUCACAUUGGCUAUAUGCAUGUCCGUCAUUUCGUAAAUUAUCGAGCCACGAAAGAUUACGAGAAGCGAAACGAUUAAAAAUUUAUUUGAAUUGUUUACGUUCUCAUCCUGAACGUGAAUGUACUUUCGGUAGUUGCCAACGGUGUAAGCGUCGACAUAAUACAAUGUUACAUCUCGACAAUAAUAAUCCGCAGACUAAAUCAGUCGAUAUUGAACAAGGAGAAGUUCAAAAUAAGAAAGGCGAGGACGAUUCUGCGGUGCGAACUAGCACUACUGCCACUAACGUCGCAUUAGCCACUACCGUUAUGAAAUCAAAGUAUAACGAAUAUAGAACAGAGUUAUCCUGUUUCGUAGUAGAUUCGAUUACUGGUACGCUACCGCCAGACAAAUUCGACAUAUGUCAAUUCACGAUUCCCAAAAACAUUUUACUAGCGGAUCCAAGGUACAAUGUUCCCGCCAAGAUUGAUUUGUUAAUCGGUGUUGCACUGUUUUAUAAUUUAUUGCAGGAAAGGCGCAUCGAUUUAGGCAAUAAUUUACCGGUAUUGCAAGAGACGAGUUUAGAACAACUCGAACGUUUUUGGCAAUUGGAGGAAGUUACAAAAUCAAAGCCUCAUACUAAAGAGGAGCAGCUAUGCGAGGACAAUUUCGUGUCAACCCAUCAACGUGAUCAAAAUGGAAGAUUCAUCGUGCAAUUGCCACUGAAGAGUUCAAUAUCUUCACUCGGAAAAUCGCAAGAGAUUGCGGAGAGACGUUUACGAUCCGUAGAAAGAAAACUUGACAAGGAUGCAACGCUGAAGGAGGCAUACGUCAGUUUCAUGCAGGAAUACGAGCAAUUGAAUCAUAUGAGUGAAAUAGGAGAAGCCGAAGACAAAGAUGAACAUGCGAAUUAUCUUCCACAUCACGCAGUCGUUAAGUCAACAAGCAGUACUACCAAAGUACGGGUAGUUUUCGAUGCAUCUUGCAAGACGACUUCAGCUUUGGAAUGCCAAACUAACAUGCCUAAAAUCAGUGAAACAAUUAAGCGGGAUUUCUAUGUCGAUGACUUGAUAACCGGCGGAAAUGACCUAAGUCAAUUGAAGAUUCUGAAGGAAGAUAUCAUAUCACUAACGUUCUACACAGUGGAUGUUUCGAGUUACAUAAGUGGAAUUCGAACGAAAAAUCAAUACUCACUGCUGAGGAGCAAGAAACGACAGAUUCAGAUCAAUUCGAGGACUCAGUCAUCAAAAUUAACAAAAAGAGCCAUAUUAUCCAUUAUUUCGCAGAUUUUCGACCCGCUUGGUCUGAUCGGACCAAUAACAGUCCAGUCAAAACUUUUACUUCAAGAUCUUUGGCGUCUCAAGGUUGAUUGGGACGAUCCAGUUCCCAUCGAAUUACACUCGAAAUGGUCAUAUUUUCAAGACCAAAUACAGUAUAUUCCUGAAAUGUUAAUUUCUCGACAUGCGUUUAGUAAGGAAUAUAACACUAUGGAGGUACACGGUUUCUGCGACGCCUCAGAAAUCGCAUAUGCCCUAUUGUUAGCCGAAUUAUAUCGACAAGUCAGUCAAGCAUUAACCAUAACUCCUGAUUCAACAUACUUGUGGAGUGAUUCCACAAUCGCGCUCGCCUGGAUAAAGGGUGAACCAUCACGAUGGGUGCAAUUCGUUGCAAAUAGAGUCACAGAGAUCCAGCAAUUAACCGUUCGUGCAAGAUGGAAUCAUGUAAGUUCAAAGGAAAAUCCUGCUAAUAUUAUAUCACGGGGAAUGAACUCAACUAAUUUGAGGGCCUGUCGUCUAUGGUGGAAUGGCCCUGAUUGGCUGAAGUCAAAGGAUUGGCCUCCUUCCAAGGAAACCAUUAUUAUUAGUGAGGAUCUUCUCGAGGAGCGAAAGUCCUCAAAGGUUUUCCAUAGCCAAGUAAACGAUAUUGACGAGUUGUUUUUGAGAUUCUCAUCCUUGACAAAGUUAAAACGAGUGAUAGGAUAUUGCUUACGAUUCAAACAUAACGUGUUGCAACCUGAGUCGAAGACUAAAGGGCCGUUAACAGUAGCAGAAUUGGAGAAUGCCAUGAUAAUUUUAGUAUCGUUAGCGCAGUAUCGAUUUUGUUAUGAGGAAUUAUAUACGCUGCUGACACGGAUAGAGGCUUGCCUCAAUUCGCGACCUCUCUGCCCAUUGACAGAUGAUGGUACUGACUUAGCUGCAUUAACACCAGCUCAUUUUUUGAUCGGCGUGCCUUUGACUUCGUUGCCAGAAGUAGAUGUGUCCGAUGAACCAGUCAAUCGUUUAACCAGACACCAAUUGCUAACACAGAUGCGACAGCAUUUUUGGCAGAGGUGGUCGAGGGAAUAUCUAACUCAACUCCAACAACGGCACAAAUGGAUCGAAGAAUCAAAGGCGAAUAUAAAAAUCGGUACGAUGGUAUUGUUGCGGAAUGAAAACACACCACCAAUGCACUGGCGUCUAGGAAGAGUUGUUGCCGUACAUCCAGGAAAGGAUGGAUUAAUAAGAGUCAUAGAUGUAAAAACAUCGAAUGGAGUUCUUCAGUGCAGUCUGCCCAAAAUAUGUAUUCUUCCAAUUGAAACAUAA